AUGUCUACAAAAGAUUUCAGUGCGAUCCCAGUCCUCACAACGGGCAACUACCUCGCAUGGUCUCAAAAGAUAGAUGGAUAUUUCACACUCAACAACCUCGAUGACCUUGUCUACGGACUCGAGCUCAGCCCUGACUCAGCACCCAAAGACCCUUCCACUGGUACGGAAGGCGAGGGGAGUGAGAGUUCAACCUCUUCCAAACAAUACGUUGCUGAUAAUGCUAACGAAUGGAAACGCCGCGCAAAACAGGCCUCCGCAGCCAUCACACUCACUGUCGAUGAGACCAACAUGAGCCAGAUCCGCAAACUCAAAGGGGAUCCGGUCGCAAUGUGGAAUAAACUCGAGUCUAUUCACAAUGCAAAGACAUCAGCGACCCGCUUCAAUGCGCUUGAGGCAUUCUUCACCAAGACGAAGGCCGAAGGAGAGCCUUUGGCGUCGAUCACAGCCGCCACCAAUGCCCUCGAGGAGCAAUUUAGAUCACUCUGGACGACAGACUACGAUGUAGACGCACUACUGAACGACCUCGCUAUGAUGUCAAGCCUCCGCAUGAUCCCGCCUGAAUCAAUUCACGUCCGAACUUCGCUACUCUGCCAGCCAAAUCUCACCCGAGAUGUAAUAGAUGCAGCUCUCGUCAACGAGGACAAUCAGCAGCGCAGGAACUCGCAGCCAGCCAUCGCACUCCGGGCAGCCACUUCCCAGCCCAUUACUUAUCGCAGUACACCUCCCCACUCCUCACGACCAAAGCCCACGGCCGCUGAACGCACACCAGGUGCCAUAUGCGAUCAUUGUGGCAAACGGAACCAUACAGCCGCCCAGUGCUGGUCGAAGGCUGAAGCGACUCGUCGCAAGCAAGAGGCCGCACGUGUUGCCAGCACUACAGACGGAUCAACUACUGUACCAAAUGCCCAUGCCGCUCAUGCAAGUACCCUCUCCUUACCAUCCACGGCUAGAUCUGACCUGAACGCCGACACAGGGGCUACUCGGACAAUGAUGAGUGACGAAAGUUACUUUACUAUGCUCCGCCCCUUGGUCAGGUCGAUCAAACUGGCCAAUGGUGAAAGGAUCUUCUCCACUGGAGAAGGGGACGUUGUGUUUCAGCCGUGGAUAGAUGGUUACUUUAGUUCUGAUCUCGUUACUUUCCCUAAUGUCCUCUUUGCUCCCGACUUACAAUCGAAUCUCGUCUCAGUUCUCUCAAUGGCACGCAAAGAAGGAUAUGACAUUCGCAUUAAUCCGAAGCAAAUGGAGUUCUACCUUGAUGGUAAACUCCAAAUGACAGCUCGUAUCGAUGACGACUGCGUUGCUUACCUUAAUGGACGCGUUCUCACAUCCGAACAAGCGCAUGCUGCCAGUACACUCAAACUUGACCGAGAGCUAUGGCAUCGACGCCUAGGCCACUAUCAUCACGAUGGAGUUGACACUCUUAUCCGUCAUAAUCUGGUUAAUGGAAUCAAGCUGGACUCCAAUGCAAAGCCCGACCCUAUAUGUGCUCCAUGUAUCGCAGGGAAACAGACUCGAGCCCCUCACACCACGCCAGCAACUCGAGCUACAACUCCAUUAGAUCGUGUCUUUAUUGAUCUUAAAGGCCCAAUCAAUGUCGAGUCCAUGCCGCACCGUGCCAAGUACUGGAUGGCCAUGGUAGACGAUGCAUCUAAUUUCGUCACGCUGUCACUUCUUCACUCAAAAGAUGGGGCGUUCAGAGCAUUCUGCGAGUUCCAUAAGCUCGCUGAGAAUCAGACCGGCCAGCACUUGGUACACCUGCGAGACGAUAAAGGUGGCGAGUUCAGUGGGAAAGAGUUUGAACAGUACUGUAUCUCUGCUGGGAUUACAAGGGAACGCACCAUAGUUGCCACACCAGAGCAAAAUGGACGGGUUGAGCGAGCAAACCGAUGGAUAGCUGAAGGGACAAUUGCUAAACUCACAGAAGCAAAUCUUCCACCAUCUUUUGGGACGCCAUAUGAACACUGGCAUGGUGAAACUCCCAGUGUCGAUCAUCUUCGAGUAUUUGGAUGUCUCGCCUAUGUCUUUGUCCCAAAAUCACAGCGUGAUGCUCUCGAUUCGCACACUGACAAGUGUAUCUUCGUUGGGUAUCCAUCCGACCGCCCUGGCUGGGUGUUCUGGAACCCACAGACACGAAAGAUUAUACACAGUGACAGUGCUGUAUUCGAUGAGAGAGUCUUUCCAGGCACAUCACUUGCAAAGGAAUCGAUUCCAAACCUCUCCGACUACGUCCAGCUACCAGAUCUCGAAGAAGCCACUGUAUCUCCAUCAUCCAUUCCACCUCCAAACCCCCACCCUGCUGUUCACGUUGCAGGACGACCUGUACCUACACCUAUACCACCUGAGCCUGCACACGAGCCUGUCCCUCCACCAGCACCAGCUCAAGCGCAACCUAAACCCACAGCUCCGGCGCGACUGAGUCGUGAGCUUCGAGCACUCACUGACAAAACCAAUUUCGAGAAGGCUCCUACAAAUCUACCAGUGCGACGACACACAGUUGCGCGUCAGCCAGGCACUUUGACUGAAUCUGAUUCGGAUCUCGAAUUAAAUGAGAGUUUCGAUGAAGAUAACGUUCAAUUAGCCACAGAAGAUGCAUCCCUACCCUCGACUUCCAGCUCUUAUGUGCCAACUAAAGCUCGACGCUGGAGACCCAAGCCCAACUUCGAAGCGCCUGACCAUAUCCUGAUUCCCAUUGUUGAUGGUGUUGAAGCUGCUUUAAACACAUCUACAAUCCGCGAGCCAACAACACUGGGAGAAGCUCUGAAACGCCCUGACGGCGACAAGUAUGUCCAAGCGGCUAUAGAAGAGGUCAGAGCUCACCUGGAAAAUGGCACGUGGAAGCUUGUGCGACUCCCACAAGGCAAAAAGGCUAUCGGCUCACGUUGGGUAUUCAAAAUCAAACGUGAUGCUGACGGGUCUAUUAGCAAAUACAAGGGACGCAUUGUGGCCAAGGGAUAUGCACAGCGAGAGGGAAUCGACUACACAGAGACCUUUGCACCGACGGCUCGCUUUGGCGCCCUUCGCACCAUCAUAGCACUUGCAGCACUCGAAGACUGGGAGCUAGAGUCAGUAGACAUAUCAACCGCUUUUCUCAAUGGCGAGAUUGAUGCGGAGGUCUACAUGAGAAAGCCAGAAGGAGUUGAGUUCGAGGGCUAUGAAGGUACAAGCUGGGUGCUUCAACUUCUCAAGGGUCUCUAUGGAAUCAAACAAGGUCCUCGAAUCUGGUCUGUGAAGCUACACGCUGUCUUAUCCGAAAUUGGAUUCAAACGUCUCGAAAGCGACCACAGUGUCUUCAUCUAUGAACGUGACAGUGUGAAGAUCAUUGUACCAGUCCAUGUUGAUGACUUACUGCUUGCAUCAAAGUCAUCCAAAGCCAUCCAAACGGUAAAGGAUGAGCUCAAAGCACGCUUCAAGAUUCAUGACCAAGGCCCUACCUCAUUCCUACUCGGUGUCAAGCUCGAGCGCAAUCGCCAAUCCCAUACAAUCUCCCUCUCUCAACCUGCGUACAUCGAACAGAUCCUUGAAGCCUAUGAAAUGAAGGACUGCAAUGGCGCUGACACACCGAUGGUCGAAAAGCCACUCCUUUCAGCAAAGGAUUCACCGCAAACCGAGCAAGAGAAAGCCGAAAUGCAAGCUAUACCUUAUCGAGAAGCUCUUGGAAAGCUCAUAUACCUUGCAACGGCCACUCGCCCCGACAUCUCAUAUGCAGUCGGAGUUCUCUGCCGGUUCAGCGAGAAUCCUGGACAAGCACACUGGCUAGCUCUCAAACGAGUACUACGAUAUCUACGCAAAACGACUAAUUACAAGCUCACCUACGGCCUCAAACCGGAAUCCGACGAGCUCUUCACGACGCACAGCGACGCCGACUUGGGUGGGAAUGCUGAUAACACGCGUUCGACAGCCGGAUUUCCGACUCCAGCGCCACACGUCGCUCUCGUCGACGGAAUCGGACAGCCUCCGCCACCGGGUGAGAUGAUCUGGAUGCGCGCAUUCCUUGACGAAAUUGGCUAUGACGUUGCGUCGACUCCAUCCACUUUAUACGUCGACAACGCCUCUGCUAUCCAGGUCGUAAAGAACCCAGAGCACCAGUCGACAAUGAAGCAUGUUCACCGGAGCUUCAACUGGAUCCGCGAGCGGGUUGCCAACAAUGAAAUCCGCGUCGCUCACGUCCCUGGAGCUGUCAACGUUGCCGACAUCUUCACCAAACCACUAGGCCGCAUCAAGUUCGAACAGUUUGUAAAAAUGCUUGGUAUUAUCCCUCAUCCACAUGCCCAUCCAUGA